GAGAGAGAGAGAGAGAAAGGGAGAGAGAGCUAGGAGAGAAGAGAACAAGAUAGCUAAUUUAGCUAGCUAGGAGGGGAAUUAAUAGCUAAUAGCUAGCGCUAGCUAUUGCUACAAGUUGAGCAAUUAAGAGAUGGGUGAUGAGGUGAUGGAAGUAAGAUCUGUUCCCAUAACACCGAGGAGGGGGGCUGGUGCAGGGCCAACUCCGCCCAUCUCGGCUCCUCCCUCACAGUACCACUCUCCAUCCUUGUCAAGAUCCCCUCUCCUCUCAUCUGUUGGUGUUGAGACAACAACAGAGUCGCACAAAACCAAGACCCCCAGACUCUCUCUAACUCCUCGCUUCAUCACGCCUCUGGGUAGCCCCAUAAGAAAGGCCCUUCACCUCACCAAGCUCGACCCUCAAGACGCCUGGCUUCCCAUCACUGAAUCAAGAAAUGGAAACGCCUUCUAUGCUGCCUUCCACGCUCUCACUUCCGGAAUUGGAAUUCAGGCCCUUGUUCUCCCCGUUGCCUUCACUGUCCUUGGCUGGAGCUGGGGAGUAAUAACUUUGACGUUGGCAUUCAUCUGGCAACUUUACACCCUCUGGAUCCUGGUCCAACUCCAUGAAUCAGAAUCUGGAACCCGCUAUAACAGAUACCUCCAACUGGUCAAUGCAGCUUUUGGUGAAAGACUAGGGAAAAUGCUAGCAGUAUUUCCGAUCAUGUAUCUGUCAGGGGGUACGUGUACCGCCUUGAUCAUCAUCGGAGGUUCCACCAUGAAGCUCUUCUUCCAGAUCGUAUGUGGAACCACAUGCCAUGCCAAGCCACUAACAACCGUAGAAUGGUAUCUGAUCUUUACCUGUGCUGCCGUCCUUCUGUCUCAACUGCCCAACUUAAACUCCAUUGCCGGCGUUUCGCUAAUCGGUGCCAUCACCGCCGUCGGCUAUUGUACGUUGAUAUGGGUAGUAUCCGUUGCCGAGGGCAGAAUGCCGGGCGUUUCCUAUGAUCCCGUGAAGGCCAAAUCUGAUAUUGCCAGGAUUUUCGGGAUAUUUAAUGCACUUGGGAUUAUUGCUUUUGCUUUCAGAGGCCACAAUCUCAUACUUGAGAUACAGGCCACAAUGCCAUCCAGCGAGAAGCAUCCAUCGCGAGUACCCAUGUGGAGAGGAGUGAAGGCUGCAUACGUACUCAUUGCAAUGUGCUUGUUCCCACUUGCAAUAGGAGGCUACUGGGCUUACGGCCACAUGAUACCGGCAAAUGGCGGGAUGCUAACAGCUUUGUACGCAUUCCACGGACGUGAUGUUUCAAGGGCGGUGCUUGGCUUGACAAGUUUAUUCGUUGUAAUCAACGCAGUGAGCUCGUUCCAAAUCUAUGGAAUGCCAAUGUUCGACCAUAUAGAGUCUCAAUACACAAGUAGGAAGAAGAAAGCAAUGCCAUGGUGGCUACGUGCAAUUUCUCGAGCCAUGUUCGGAUUCGGAUGCUUCUUCAUAGCGGUGGCAAUCCCCUUCUUGGGCAGCUUGGCAGGUCUCAUCGGAGGGCUGGCUUUACCCGUCACCUUGGCUUACCCGUGUUUCAUGUGGGUGAUGAUUAAGAAACCCAAGAGAUUUAGUCAAAUGUGGUGUCUCAAUUGGGGUCUCGGCUUCUUGGGCAUGGCUCUCAGUGCCAUUUUGGUUGCUGCUGGACUGUGGAGUGUGAUUCACACCGGUGUUAAAGUCAGCUUCUUCAAUCCUCAAUAGACAAUAACCAUAUGUCUCCAAACCGUGCUGUUAAUUCCGACAGCUGAAGCCUCAACGAAAAGGGAAAUUUAUUAGAAACAGUGAAUAUGCAUGAUUUAUGAAUUAAUUCAAUUGGAUAUCUUCUCUCUGGUUGCUCCUUAGUUGUGCAUCGUUGUAACUAUAUAUGAUCUGCAUUCUUACUUGAUACAAAUUUUGUACUUCUUCCCCUCACGAUUAUAUUCACUGGUAUCCAAAAUAA